AUGCGCCUUCCUCCUGAAGCAGCAGCAGCAGCAGCAGCAACAGCAACAGCAGCAGCAGCAGCAGCAGCAGCAGACUGGCAGUGGAUACGCUGCACGCUGCUGCCUGGGCUCUUAGAGAACCGCGCCCUAUACAGCCCUUCUUUGGGUUUGCUGCUGCUGCUGCUGCCGUCACCAGCAGCAGCAGCAGCAGCAGAAGCAGCAGCAGCUUUUGCAUCUUCGGAAGGGCCGGCAGGUCAUGCGUCUGCUGAAGCCGCUGCUGCUGCUGCUGCGGGGGCAGAAACAGCAGCAGCAGCAGCAGCAGCAGCAGCAGAGCAGCAGCAGCAGCAGCAGCAGCAAGGCAGCAGCAGCAAGUGGAUUUGUGUGUCUCCUGGUUUUGCUACUGCUGCUGCUGCUGCGGGGGCAGAAGCAGCAGCAGCAGCAGGAGCAGCAGAGCAGCAGCAGCAGCAGCAGCAGCAGCAGCAGCAGCAGCAAGGCAGCAGCAGCAAGUGGAUUUGUGUGUCUCCUGGUUUUGCUGCUGCUUACAUUAAAGCUGUCUCCUUUCAGGUGUAUGGGCAGUUCCUGGAGGGGUGGGCGGGGGCGUAUAGAGUAGACGAAGAGCCUCAAGACCUGCAGCAGCAGCAGCAGCAGCAGCAGCAGCAGCAGCAGCAGAAGCAGAAGCAGAAGCAGAAGCAGCAGAGGAACCGAGGGUUUGCAUGGGAAGAUCGUGUAUGCAGAGAGGCGGGGGGCGAAGCAACUCUGAGUGCUUCUCUCGAGAUGCUGCUGGCCUUCAGUCUGCUGCACCGCGCGCUGCUGCAGCUGCGGCAGCAGCUGCCAGCUGUAUGCAGAGACUCAAUGAGGCGCAGCAUCAUCUUCCUUCUAAACCAAAGAGGAGCACUGCAGCAGCAGCAGCAGCAGCAGCAGCAAGAGCAGCAGCAGCAAGAGCAGCAGCAGCAAGAGCAGCAGCAGCAAGAGCAGCAGCAAGAGCAGCUGCUGCAGCAACGAAGGAACACAAUCAACAGCAGCGCAGCAUCAGAGACAGAGAAAGCGACAUUAGCUGCAACUGGAUCAGCUGAAGAAGCAGCAGCAGCAGCAGCAGCAGCAGAGACAGACGCAGCAGCAGCAGCAGCAGGAGAGGACGAAGCAGCAGAAGCAGCAGAAGCAGCAGAAGCUGUGCUGCGCCGCAACCCCAGCAGCAACGGCUCAGCCUUCAAUUCAGACGCAGAGGAAGAGGGUAUGCAGCAGCAGGAGCAGCAGCAGGAGCAGCAGCAAGAGCAGCAGCAAGAGCAGCAGCAACAACAGCAGCAGCAGCAGCAGCAGCAGCAGAGGUCAGAAGAGCCUCAUCCGUCUCCGCCGCUGCAACAGGCGGAAGAGCAGCAGCCCCAUCAGGAACAGCAGAAGCAGAAGCAACAGCAGCAGCAGCAGCAGCAGCAGCAGCGUCGGCAGCAGCAGCAUCGGCAGCAGCAGCAGCAGCGAGUGCGCGCUGCUGAGCUGUCAGCAGCUUUAAGCCGCCUAACCCCAACGGAGUUUUCUUUUGUCUUUCGUGAUCUAUGCGGCCAGGCAGUUGCUGUUGCUUGUCGGGUGGAGUCCUGGGUGUCUUUUGUGCUGCUGCGGGCCGCUGAGUUUGGGAUAUUUCGCCUGCUGCGUCAGCAGCAGCAGCAGCAGCAGCAGCAGCAGCAGCAACAGCAGCAGCAGCAGGAAGAGAAGGAGCGGCCUCAGCAGCAACAGCAGCAAGAACAGCCGCAGCAACAGCAGCAAGAGGACCAGGAACAGCAGCAGCAGCAGCAGAAGGGGGCUGCAGCAGCAGCAGCAGCAGCAGCAGCAGCAGCAGCAGCAGCAGCAGCAGCAGCAGCAGAUGACCUCUCAGCUUUAGUUAAUGAAGCAGAAGCGCUUACACGCAGCUGGCGGUUUAUUGCUGCUGCUCUCGUUCGUGUUGCAGAGACCUGCCUAGACACCCUGAUGACGAAGGUGGUGUCAGUGCUGCAGACACGGGGGACGCAUGCAGCAGCAGCAGCAGCAGCAACAGCAGCAGCAACAGCAACAGCAGCAAGCGCCCCGCAGCUCGCGCGGUUGCUGCUGACAGCAGCAGCAGCAAUGGGCUGUCUGCAUGCAGUGCAGCAGCGGCUACGGUCACGAGUGGCGCAGAUUCUGCUGCAGUCUCUGAAUGUCACUGUCGUGCUGCUGCAGCAGCAGCAGCAGCAACAGCAGCAGCAGCAGCAGCAGCAAGAGAGGAUGAGCAUAGGCUCAGUUUCCCCCAGCAGUGAAAGCAGCAAGAGCCAGACCUCUGCUGCUGCUGCUGGUGUGUGCAGGCAGCAACAGCAUGCUGCGGCUGCUGCCUUGCUGCAGCGCGAAGUGUGUGCAGGCAGCAACAGCAUGCUGCGGCUGCUGCCUUGCUGCAGCGCGAAGGCUAAGUGUGUCAUUGCAGCAACAACAGCAACAGCAACAGCAGCAAACAGAAGCCGCAAGACUAGAAUACGAGCUGCAUUUGCUUCGGUCCUGCAGCAGCUGCUGCUGCUGCUGCUUU